AUGGCGACACUGGAAGCAGGUACAACCACCAGUACACCUCAAACUACCACACAGGAGGAGGCACAGCCUCAAUCUGAGCAACAGGGUUAUGAGCAAGCAGCACCACCUUACCCUGAGUUCUCCAAUCUAGCCACUAAGCAGGACAUUAAAGCACUUCUAGCUGACUUUAGGCAGACCUGGGCAGCAGAUAUUGCAGUGAUACAGACAGAUCUGCAAAUGGUGACUGACAGGGUCGAUACCACAGAAGAAGACAUCAUAGAUGUGAAGCAAGCAGUAUCCACCAUGGAAGACUCACUCCAGGAA